GUGAGUGUGUGUGUCCCCUAUGCCGAGAGAUGGAGGGCAGCGGAAGUCACAGGGGAUGUUGGAGCAAGUGAAUGCUGGACUGGAGCUUGAGGAGAGGCACCACAGGGCUGAUCAUGAAGCCUCAAGAGCUACUGCUGCUCCUGAUGCUGAGAUGGACUGAAGCACACAUGGAAGAUCCUGCCUUCCCGCACCUGGGUGACAGCUCACAGCCCCUGCUGAGGGCCUGUCCUUGGCGCUGCUCCUGUCCCCGAGAUGACACAGUGGACUGCACUGGCCUGGGCCUGAGGGUAUUCCCAGACAAUAUCACCAGGGCUGUUCGGCACCUUUCCUUGCAGAACAACCAGCUGCGGGAGCUCCCCUACAACGAGUUAACUCGCCUCAGUGGUUUGCGCACCCUGGACCUGCACAGCAAUCUCAUCUCCUCAGAGGGUGAGGACCUCGAGCUUGGAACAACCCGGUCCCAGCCCCUCUCCACAUCCGCUGUUUGCCAGUUGUGGCCAGCUCUUCGGGGAUUUCCACAACUGCUGAGCAGGGUGGAAUUUCAAGGGUUGGGGGAUGGUGGUGGCUGUGGCUUUUAGUAAGGACAGGAUGUGUGUGUGUUUGGGGGG